AUGCCUCCUUGCAACUCUAAAACAUUUACAACCCUUAGUCAAUAUCUUCAAAAAAGCUUACGAUACGAUUUUACCGACAAAUAUUUUAUAAUAAUUGUUGUGUCAACGCCCAGUUAUUACUUAACAGACUUUCAUCGCUGGGACUCGAACCCUUGA